GAAAAUAUCAAAAGUUAGUGUGACAGAUGGAACAACCUUUGCCUACCGUCGGGUAUAAAAACCCCGUCAUGGCAUGAUAUUUCCAUUCACUCGUCGUCAUCACCAUGGCCUCAAAGGAUACCAUUUGUGUGUCGGUCCUGAUUUGCCUGGCCUUCGUAUGGCCUCGACUUCAGGUCUCAGCUGGACCAAUCUCUCAAGCCGAGAUUAACCCUCUGAUGGGGAUGGAGGAUGUUGAAGAUGGCGAUUUGGCCUUGAUCGCCGCUCCUCGAGUCAUUCCAAAGCGCUCGAUUGAAUUCAUGGGCAUGAGCGUGAGCUAUUCCCAAUACGUUCGUCUGAGGAAUAUUCAAAGGGAGGUCAUUCGCAUGGACAAAGUCAUUCGAAAAAUGGCUCGCUCUCAUGACCCUGUGGAACUGGCUCAAAAUCCUCAUUGGUUGGAGCUCUUGGAACUCUACGAUGCAUUGAAGAAGAUGCUCCCCGAGGAUUACGUCAAUUCUAAUGGUGGCGAAGGAGCUAUGGGCAUGACUUCUUCCAGGCGAUCAAGCUAAAUGGAAAUCACUCAAGCUCUCGGUAGCCAUUAGGAUACUUUCAUGCUUUUCGUAUGCAUAACAGGAAAGUAAUGCCUUACGAAAAGAUCAACAACCAUUUUCCUCUGUGAAUAGAAAUGCUCGAUUGUAUUCUUAUGCAAUAUUUGAUAUUAUUCAUCCUCACAGAAUAAACUUUUGAGGUGAUGAUGGCUAGGGACAUAAA